AUGAACUUUUUCAUUCGGCCACUGGGCCGCUCAGGAUCCACGGUCCCCAAGACACCAUGUCUGAGAAGGAUGGCCGAGAUGGCAGGCUUUGAAUCAACCGCCGCAAAGGCAGCACCCAGGGGUCGCUUUUUCUCCACCACCAGCACCCCCGCCAGCCAGCAGAGGCCUGACCCAAACCGCAAGCCGUCGGGCUACCACUACAGCCCUACCCAACCGCUGCCCGGCCCCGGCGCAAACACCGGCGCAAAACCCCGCCGCUGCCCACCGUACCUCCUUCUCUCCAUAGGCGCCCUGCUGGGCAGCGUCUACGCCGUCUACCUGGUCAAGCUGCUCACCCUGCCGCCCGCGACCGCUGGAUCCGAGCUCGACAAGGAAAUCCUGGCAGAGAUCAACUUGAGGGGCGACAAGCUCAUAGAGGAGGUGCGUCGCCACACCGUCAACCCGGACAGCCCCGAAUGGAUCACCGUCUGCCCGACCGACUUCUCCGUCCAGGACACGCAGAUACCCGGCAUCCUGGUGGGCCCGCUCUCUUCGUCGGCGGGACUGCCCUACCACCGCCUGCUCCUCAACGUCGAGACCGGCUCAUUCUGCGCAGUCAUCUACAUCGGCGACGGCGUCUGCGGUUGGCCGACGGUCGCGCACGGCGGCGCCACCGCCACCAUCCUCCAGUCCGUCAUGGCGGUCGCUGCCGGCUUGGUCAGGAGAAAUCUCCCGGAAGGGCAAGAGGGGGAAAAGGUUACGCGGCUUUUCGAUCCGGCGCACGUGGCUCUGUUCAACAUCGAAUACCGCAAAAGGCUCGAGACGUCACGCUUUUACUUUGUCUAUGGUGCCGUCGAUGACAACUCGGACGUGGUGGAAGGGGUGCGGAAGAACAUUGUCAGUGGUGCUGUCCUCGACGUCAUGCCGCACGAUGCUGAGGAGAAGAACAUCAUGGUCACUACGAUGGGUAAAUUCCUAGCUCUAGUUGAAAAGUGA